AUGUCCAUGGCCAGUGAAGCCAGUAGCGCUACUACCACCGCCGCCGCUACCACCACCACCACCACCAUGACCACCUUUUCUGCCCCGCUUCCUGCAACCAAAUCGCUGCCCACAAAUCAGUCAGCACUAGCGGCCUCUUUCACGAGCUUCCUCACUGUUUCUGUUCACCAAAUACUCUUCUUGCGGUCGGUCUAUCCCCGGGCCACAUUCCUGCCGGUGCGAGCCUACAACUACCCCGUUCGGCAGUCUCGUCACCCGAAGGUGUGUGAUUAUAUCAACGAUGCCUCCAUUGCUGUGGGCACAGAGAUCUUGAAAGGGACCAUCACAGCUGUCAGUAUCAUCAUUUCAUCUCUGCGCACCAACCAACCGCUGGAGCGGUAUGCCUUUGAUCUCUCCGGGUUCCCUCGCGUCCCAGCAGGUGAUCAAAACACCACCUUCGAAGGAAGGAAGGAUGACACAUCCGCUUCAGGUGUCCCUGGAGGCCCUGCACCCACCUCCGUCGACCUUGAGGCCCAGUUUCGGGCAUGUCUGGCUCGACUGGCGUCAGCCUGCGCUCGGUUGACCCCUUUACCACGAGACGAUGAAUUCAGCUUCACUGUAUGCAUUGAGGUCCGAGAGGAUGCUCUUCCGCCGGCAGGAACCACUAGCGAAGAACAAGCCUGGAUUGUGGCCGAGCCGGGCAAGGUUCAUUUGCGGUCCUGCACUGCUCCUUACUCCGUGUCCAAAGUCCGGAAUAGUGAGACUCAGCAGCAAACCGCACCUCCGGCCUCAAAUGGUCGUGCCAAAACAGUACCUGUGCGUCGAGUAGAGGCCGGAGAGCUCCGCUUAGAGCUAUGGGUUGAAGAGGCUCGUCAAAAAUUCAACGAGCCUGUUGAGUCGGAGCCGCAACCCUAA